AGGUGGCUUUCUAGAAGAUGACCAUAGAGGACCUUCCAGAUUUUCCAGUAGAAGGAAAUUGUUUGAUUGGAAGAUACCCGUUUUUAUUUCCAGGUUCUGAGACACCCGUUGUUUUUUCCAUUUCUGCGGCACCAAUGCCUUCGGACUGCGAGUUUUCUUUCUUUGAUCCUAAUGAUACAUCAUGCCAGGAAAUUCUCUUUGAUCCUAAAACUUCUGUAUCAGAAUUAUUUGCCAUUUUAAGACAGUGGGUUCCUCAGGUCCAGCAAAACAUUGACAUUAUUGGAAAUGAGAUUCUUAAGAGAGGCUGCAAUGUGAAUGACAGAGAUGGAUUGACAGAUAUGACUCUUUUACAUUACACUUGCAAAUCUGGAGCUCAUGGUAUUGGUGAUGUUGAUACAGCUGUAAAAUUUGCAACUCAGCUUAUUGAUCUGGGAGCAGAUGUUAGUUUACGGAGUCGCUGGACAAAUAUGAAUGCUUUGCAUUAUGCUGCUUAUUUUGAUGUCCCUGAGCUUAUAAAAGUGAUUUUGAAGACAUCUAAACCAAAAGAUGUAGAUGCCACUUGCAGUGACUUUAAUUUUGGAACGGCUCUGCAUAUUGCUGCAUAUAACUUGUGUGCAAGUACCGUGAGAUGCUUAUUGGAGCAUGGAGCAAAUCCUGCAUUUAGGAAUGACAAAGGGCAGAUCCCUGCUGAUGUCGUUCCGGACCCAGUGGAAAUGCCUCUGGAGAUGGCUGAUGCUGCUGCAACUGCUAAAGAAAUCAAGCAGAUGUUGUUGGAUGCGGCGCCCCUGUCGCGUGACAUGUCAAAGCCCCUGCUUCCAAACUGUGACCGCGUCACUAGCAAGGCGAUGCUCACGUCCCUCGGUCUGAAGUUGGGGGAUCGCGUCGUUAUUGCAGGACAGAAGGUUGGAACAUUAAGAUUUUGCGGAACAACAGAAUUUGCAACUGGGCAGUGGGCUGGCAUUGAGUUGGAUGAACCAGAAGGAAAAAACAAUGGAAGUGUUGGGAAAAUCCAGUACUUUAAAUGUGCGCCCAAAUACGGUAUUUUUGCACCACUUUCAAAGAUAAGUAAAGCAAAAGAUCGAAGGAAGAAUAUAGCACACACUUCUUCUGGAAAAGCUGUGCCUCUCAUCAGGUCCCAGAAAAUUGAUGUAACUCAUGUAACAUCAAAAGUAAACACUGGAUUAAUGACUUCAAAAAAAGAUAGCGCUUCUGAAUCAACACUUUCAUUGCCUCCUGGUGAAGAACCGAAACCCGUAACAGAGAAAGAUGGUACCCUGCUUGGAUCCAUCAGCAGCUCCUCCUCCACAUCAUCUUUGGAGCACAAACUGAACUACCCCAAGAAACUGAAUGCACAUAGCAGUAACAGGAAGACAGUGAGCAAAAGCCCGUCUGUCUCCUCUAGAACCAGUGCUGGUUUGAAUUCCUCAGGAGCAUCUGUAGCAAAUAACAGCCGCUGUGCAGGAGAGCCCCACCUCGGAGAUAGAGUGCUGGUGGUAGGCCAGAGAAUCGGCACCGUUAAGUUCUUCGGGACAACAAACUUUGCUCCAGGAUAUUGGUACGGUAUAGAGCUUGAGAAACCCCAUGGCAAGAAUGAUGGUUCAGUUGGAGGUGUGCAGUAUUUUAGUUGUUCUCCAAGAUAUGGAAUAUUUGCUCCCCCAUCCAGGGUACAAAGGAUAACAGAUUCCCUGGAUACUCUUUCAGAAAUUUCUUCGAAUAAACAGAAUCAUUCUUAUCCUGGUAGGUUUACACUGUUUUAUGUUCCUAAUAAUUGGUCCUUUGCUUUUAUUCAUCAAAAAUUUUUUUAUAUUCUCAUAUACCUUGUCCUCAGAUUAUGAGUCUUGAAUGUUAUGUUAAUUAUUCCCUUGAUUUUUAAAAAAAAUCUUUA